AGGCGCGGGGCGGCGCGGCGGGGCCCCUCCCCCCUGCAGCCUGGCGCGCGCCGGCCGGGCCGCACCGCUGCGGGCUCGGCGCGCGCGGGCCAUGUCCGCCUUCUGCCUGGGCUUGGCCGGCCGCGCUUCAGCACCCGCCGAGCCGGACAGCGCCUGCUGCAUGGAGCUGCCCGCCGCGGCCGCGGACGCAGUCGGGAAUCCAGCCACCGCCACCGCCGCUGCCCUCAUCUCCUUCCCCGGGGGCCGCGGGGAGUUGGAACUGGCGUUAGAGGAGGAGCUGGCGCUGCUGGCGGCUGGGGAACGGCCGUCCGAGCCCGGGGAGCAUCCUCAGGCCGAGCCCGGGCCUCCAGCCGAGGCGGCCGGACUGCAGCCGCCGCCCGCCCAGGAUCCCGAGCUGCUGUCAGUGAUCCGGCAGAAGGAGAAGGAUCUGGUCUUGGCGGCCCGACUGGGCAAGGCAUUGCUCGAGAGGAACCAGGACAUGAGCCGGCAGUACGAACAGAUGCACAAGGAACUGACUGAUAAGCUGGAGCACUUAGAACAAGAGAAGCACGAACUAAGAAGACGAUUUGAGAACCGAGAAGGCGAGUGGGAAGGGCGUGUGUCUGAGCUGGAAAGUGAUGUGAAGCAGCUUCAGGAUGAGCUGGAGAGGCAGCAGGUUCAUCUGCGGGAGGCAGAUCGAGAGAAAACACGGGCCGUCCAGGAGUUAUCAGAACAGAACCAAAGGUUAUUGGACCAACUCAGCAGGGCAUCAGAAGUUGAGAGACAACUCUCCAUGCAAGUACACGCCCUCAGAGAAGACUUUCGGGAGAAAAACUCCUCAACCAACCAGCACAUCAUCCGGCUUGAAAGCCUUCAGGCCGAGCAGGUCCUUGAAAUCAAGAUGCUGUCGGAUCGGAAGCGAGAGCUGGAGCACCGUCUCAGUGCCACCUUGGAGGAGAACGACCUGCUCCAGGGGACAGUGGAGGAACUGCAGGACCGGGUGUUGAUCCUGGAGAGGCAGGGCCACGACAAGGACCUCCAGCUGCACCAGAGCCAGCUGGAGCUGCAGGAGGUGCGGCUCUCCUACCGGCAGCUGCAGGUGAAGGUGGAGGAGCUGACCGAGGAGAGGAGCCUGCAGAGCUCUGCCGCCACCAGCGCGUCCUUGCUGUCCGAGAUAGAACAGAGCAUGGAGGCCGAGGAGCUGGAGCAGGAGAGAGAGCAGCUGAGACUGCAGCUCUGGGAAGCCUAUUGCCAGGUCCGCUAUCUCUGCUCGCACCUGCGGGGAAAUGACAGCGCUGACUCGGCUGUCUCCACGGACUCCUCGAUGGAUGAGUCUUCAGAGACAUCCUCGGCCAAGGACGUGCCAGCCGGCAGCUUGCGCACUGCCCUGAAUGAGCUCAAGAGACUGAUCCAGAGCAUCGUGGACGGCAUGGAGCCCACGAGCGCCCGGAGAAUUGACGAUGACUCCUUAGAAGAACAGAUAAGGCAGACCAGUGAGGAUUCGAGAGCCCUGAGGGAACUCAUGGAGGGAGAGAGGGGUAAACUGAGGCAAAGCCUGGAAGAGCUGCAGCGGCUGCACAGUCAGGUGACACUGCUGAGCGUGGAGAUGACUGCCCUGAAGGAGGAGAGAGACCGACUCAGAGUGACAUCUGAGGACAAGGAGCCAGAGGAGCGGCUUCAGAAGGCCAUCAGGGACCGAGACGAGGCCAUUGCAAAGAAGAACGCUGUGGAGCUGGAACUCGCCAAGUGCAAGAUGGACAUGAUGUCUCUCAACAGCCAGCUGCUGGAUGCCAUUCAGCAAAAACUGAGCCUCUCGCAGCAGCUUGAGGCUUGGCAGGAUGACAUGCACAGGGUCAUUGACCGGCAGCUGAUGGACACGCACCUGAAGGAACGCAGCCGGCCUCCCGCCACCCUCUCCCGGGCCCCGGGCCUGGGGCGUGGGGACGAGCCCAGCACCACCGAAGGCAAACGGCUCUUCUCGUUCUUCAGGAAGAUUUAAACUGGGAGGAGUCAGGCCAGCGAGGACGGGCACGCUGACACCGACUCAAAUGGGGGCGUGGGCCGGGGCCCAGGGCAGCACGUGUGCCCGCCGCGCUGGGCCGGGCUCAGUGGCCGCACUGCCCACUUGACCAGGGGCCGCGUCCUCUAGAGGCCCCGCCGCCUCUGAAGGCGGCUCUCACCGGGGUGGCCCGAGCCAUGUCCCCACUGCCGGGCCCGUCCUGGGGUCCGCUGCCGCGGGGCGGGGCUCAGGCUUUCAGAGUGGCUGUCGUGCCCGGCUCCAGGCACCGCUGCCCUUCUGCUCUGGAUCGGGGAGAGAAGCGGAGGCCCACUCUGCGUGCCCCUGAGGCCCCGGCUGCCCACCACGGGGGCCUCGUCCUGCUGGGCACCAGGCCCGGGCCUGGACCCCGUCCUCCCACAGCCCCGGCCCAGGAGGCAGCCCCUCACCUGCGUGCAUGCACCCCCGGGCCCGGAGCCCUGGCCUGUGGGCCUGACAGCUGGCUCUUCUGGCCACAGCGGGCCCAGCCACGGCUAAGGCCGUCCCCAGCCUCAGAGGAAGCAAGGCCUGCCUCCCUGCGCGUUGCUGCAGGCCUUCCUCCUCGGCAGGGCGCUCUGCGGGCUCAGCCCUCUCCCCUUCCUGGUGCCGGGCAGAAGGCAGAGCUCCAGCCCCCGGCCCCCCGCAUACCUAAGUUCUUGGCUCCGCCGAGCACGUCCAGGCCACAGGACGGCUCCAAAGGGGUCUGCGCUCAGCCACGCCGCCAGGCAGCGUUGGCUCCACAGGGUGGAUGCCUCAAGAAACUGCCCACCAGGCCCACGGAAGGUCACCCCAGCGACCUCCGACUCCUGCUAGUCCUCAGCAACCGCUUCACCUUCUCUGCUGAGGCCCCGACUCGGACUCAGAGGCACCGGGCUGAGGCCGCCCUCAAGCUGCUUUACAAGGAUCAUCUCCGUCCCUCACGGGGAAAGCACAGCAGGGAUGAGUGGAAAGAAUGUACCUACAGAUAUGUACAGACACAGUGCUGUACAGACACAGUGCUGUAAUUUUGUAUGUAGCAACCAUGUAAAUACAUGUAUGGAUUUUAUAAUAUACAUAUUAUAUAUGAAUCUAUAAAGGCAUAUUUUUAGAAAAACAGCACACCACUGCUUCUUUUGAAAAUAGUCUAAGAAUAAAAUGAAUUUCUACAGAG